AUGGAUGUGGACGACGAAUCAAUCGUCGAGGACGACGCGUCGUCUUCGGAUUCUUCCGAAUUGGAUUUUGUCGUCGACGACGACGAGGACGAGACUGCGACUGAAGUUGACUUCACGCCUCGAAGAACCCGGCUGAGUCUGGGAUCGAGCGUUGACGAGGCUCUGAGCAUCGACGACGUCGCAGCGUUGAAACGCGCUCUCUCACGUCUAGAGGAGACACCUCGACCGGGUCGCGUGCUCAUCUCCGCGGCCGCGCACAACGCCAUAAACGUAGCGAGCGAGUUCUUGGCGAAUGGUAUUCGAGUAAAUGGUCAGUUGAACGAGAGGGGAUCCAAGAAACCGCACAUCACGGACAUCGCCGACGCGCUUCACAUCGCGUGCGAACGAGGCAACGUGGAUUUCGUUCACGCCGUGAGGGACCAAAUCGGAUUGGCGCAGUUCUGUCGAGGUGGUGACACCGGCGGUUGGCCGACCUCAGCGACGGGCGGCACACUCGUCCAUUCGGCGGCGGAUAACGAAAAAGCGAGCGCGGAGUGCGUUGCAGCGGCGAUUAUGGCGGAGUCACCACCGAAAGGGCGCGUCAUGCCCGUGGCUGCGGUGUUCGACGAAGACGCUCGCGGCGCACGCACGCCGUUGAUGAUCGCUGCGGGUGCAGGUCCCGAGUGGGGGUCUUGCGUUGAAGCGCUCUUGAGGGAUGCCAGAACAUACGGCCAACGCGCAGUGCGAAUCGCGAUACGAUGUCAAGAGCCACAAGAAGGAUGUUCUGCGGUGCACAUCGCCGCCGUCGCCGGAAAUGUGGUUUGUUUGGAGAAAUUUCUAAAGGAAGAUCCAUCGUGCUUAAAGGUGAAAGACUACAACGAUUCGACGCCAUUGCAUUGGGCAUCUAUGGAAGGACGGCACGAGACGAUCCGAGUGUUGCUCGAGAAGGGCGCCAACAGACUAGCGAUUGACAAAAUGGGUUGGAUUCCGUUGCUCUACGCCAAUUUUCACGAAAAGAGUGAGGCAGUUUUAUACUUGCUCGAGAAACAAGUCUCGGAGCAAUUGCAGACCAUGUUCACUGCGGUGGCAUCGGAGGACGAUGGGAAGUCCAAGUUGCAGGUACAAAAGGUUUUGAAUUUGCUCGCAGCCAAACCAGCGUACUACGAUGCGAUAAACAACUGCAUCAGGAGAGACAUGUCGCUCUUGGGCCCUGUCAUGAACAUGCUGCGCGAAUGUGGAGCGAUUACUAUUAUCAAUUUGGCCAACCGCGUGUCGUUCUUGCGCAAUACGUGGCUCAAUGAAUAUGGAUUGCAAAAUUUAGCUCUCUCGAAAAGUUUCACCUUGUCUGCGCAAGACGCUUGGCACGACUUUUUCGUAAAUGUCUGGUCCGUCUCGCCAAAGAUUUUGAAGAUUCGACAUCUCAGUUGGGGCUUGCGGCAGCCAUCGGGGGAUGUUUCAGUAGGUCCGGGACCAACGCGUGAAGCGUUCAGCUUGAUGGCGAACGAGUUGUGCGAUGGAAACAGAGCCGACCGCCAGCUAUUUACACAGGAUGACGCGCGCACGUACAAACGUAAGGAAGGUAUCGACCGCCCGAGCGUGCUGAAAGAGCUCCAGUGUUUCGGCGAACUUCUGGCGCACGUGGUGCUCUUCGGCAGCGCCGUUUUACCGAUUCCGUUCUCCAAAGUCUUCCUGAGGCGCGUCAUCGCCAACGAAAAAUGUGACGCGUUCACUCUAGACGAUCUCGCCGACGUUGAGCCCGCAGUGGUGAAGUCGAUCAAGGUUGUGCUUGAAACCGACGACGUCGAAUCGCUCUGUCUCACGUUUAUCGAUCCGACGACGAACGAAGAGACAGACGUCACGAAGGCAAACUUGCAAGCAUUCAAGCGACAAAAAAUUCGCGAAAUGGUGUCGAGCAUCGUAGACGACGCAUCCGUGCACGCGAUCCGCACAGGUUUGCUCCAAAUCAUGCGAAAAUCACAGAUCGAGGUGCUGGCGCCCGAAGAGUUUGGCCUCGUCGCCGCCGGCUCGCAAUCGAUCGACCCCAAGGAAUGGCGCCGACACGCCUCCUUCUCACCAAGUCCAGAGAUGGAAUGGUUUUGGGACGUGGUCGAACGCAUGAACAACGACGACAAAUCUCGUCUCCUCCAAUUCUCCACCGGGAGUAGUUUACUUCCGGUCGGUUCUUUCGCCGCGCUGUGUCCUCCGUGGAGCAUCGAAGUCGGUCUUCACCGCGACGCCAGUAAGCUCCCCACCGCCUGGACGUGCUUCAACACGCUUCAAAUGCCGCGCUACCCAUCGAAAGAAUUGCUCGAAGAGCGCUUGUUUUGCGCGCUGCGCCACGGAAGCGCUGGAUUCGCCUUUGCGUGACGUUCGCCGAACGCGCCUCGCCUCGUAAACGCGCGUGUAACACGCUUUGAUUCGCCUCG